AUGUCUCAGAAUGUCACCCAAGGAUCCUUUCAAAGGAUGAAAGAUAUCGUGGCCUCUUUGCUGGCAAAUAUGACCAUCAGCAGAAGCAACUGCCCAACUGGGGCUCGUGUGUCUGUACUAUCCUACAACACUCAUACAAAGCAUCUCAUCCGGUUCUCUGAAUUCCAGCGGGAUGACCUUCUCAUGGAGGCAGUUGAGAAAAUACCACUGGAGAGGUCCUCAGGCAGACGGAAUAUUGGGGCAGCCAUGAGGUUUGUUGCCAGGAAUGUCUUUAAACGACAUCGGCAUGGUGCCCUCAUGAGGAAAGUUGCAAUAUUUUUUACUGCCGGCCCAUCGCAAGAUACCACCUCCAUCAACACAGCCGUGUUGGAAUUCAGUGCGCUAGAUAUAACACCUGUGGUCAUUGCUCUCAGUGAAGUGCCUAACGUAAGACAGGCUUUUUCGGUAGAUGACACUGGUAGAUUUCAGUUACAUGUAUUGGAUUCUGAGGAGGAUGAUAAUUUGGGCAGCAUCUCGAAUUGCGCACUCUGCUUUGAUAAGUGUAAUCCAGAUCCAAAAUGUAAGGAGGUGGUUCCUCCUCCUAUUAUAAUAGAUAUGGACAUAGCUUACAUCAUAGACAGCUCUCGUAAUGUUGGAAGUGAGGAGUUUGAGACAAUGAAGGAAUUUGUGAGCAACAUGGUGGAUUAUUUUGUUAUCGCCCCCGAACCUAUGACACGGGAUGGAGGUGCAAGGGUAGCUUUGGUGCAGCAGGCUCCAUGGAACUUCACAGUCAACGAAAAAGCAAGCUCAGUGCAUGAAGAGUUUGAUUUCGUUCAAUACAACAAUAAAAAUCUGAUGAAAAGGCACAUUCUCAAAUCUGUUCACCAGCUAGAAGGCCCGUUGGCAAUUGGUCAUGCUAUAGAAUGGACAAUUAAUAAUAUAUUUUUGGAAGCCCCCAGUCCAAGAAAACACAGAGUCAUAUUUACAAUAUUGGGAAGUAAGACAAGUUCCUGGGACAGAGAGACACUUGGUAAAAUGUCACUAGAAGCUAAAUGCCAAGGAUUCACAAUGUUCACAUUAGCACUUGGAAGUGAAGUUGAUGAUACAGAGACGACAGAACUCUCCAGUGACCCAGUGGAACAACAUCUCUUGCAGCUGGGUAGGACUGGUCAACUUGAACUGCCCUAUGCUCUGCAGUUUAGUCGGACUUUCUUAAAUCUUUUAAAACGGCAAAUGAAUCCUUACCCUCCUCCAUACCUACAGGAAGAAUGUGAAAGCCUGGAUCGAGGUGAUACUCAGCAGCUAAUAGCUAGGACGGACAGAAUUCAUUUCCCUGAAUUGGAUUACAGUGACAUUUUGCAAACAAUAGAGCUACCCAAUCUCAAUGGGCAACAAAAAGUUACAGAAACAACCCAAGGACCUGUAGGGUACACAGAAGAAGUUGAGUAUGAUUAUGGGCAUAAUGAGUAUUUCGCAGAGACCAAUGCUCAUGCUGGCAAGGAAACCUGGAAUGAAGAACAUUCUGAGCAAGAUGUGUGCUUUGUGGAUAUGGACAGCGGUGAAUGUGAAGAUUACAGUCUCAAGUGGUAUUAUCACAUAGAACGAGACAUGUGCUUCCAGUUCUGGUAUGGCGGCUGUGGAGGAAAUAAAAAUAGAUUUGAAACUCAAGAAGAAUGUGAAUUUUUUUGCAGGAAAUCAGCCUAG